UUCGUCAUCGAUGGGGAAAGGAAAGGCUGGGACUUUCUUUGGUCCGGGCCAUGUGAAAAAGCGGCUACAUUGAAGUUCACGUCCUCUUCGGUUUAUAAUCGUAGUAUACGGUGCAAACGUGUUUUGAUGACUUUUGACAAUAUGCUUAAUCAAUUCUGGAAUUAUCAUUAAGUUUUUAAACUAUCCCAUAUUGACUGAGCAUAGCAUCCACAACACUAACAAGUUUUAAGAUUAAGCAACAGGAAGAAGAGCAAAAUGAUGGCAUGGGACUCUGAUAUCAGUCUGAAUUUUGAAGUUCAGCCUAAAGAACGAAACAGUAUAGGCUUAGAAUGUUGGCAAGACAUUAAAAUUUCUGAUAUUUGGAUUCCGUGCCAUGUACUGCUAAGUAGAGGGCAAAAUAAUGACCAGGAUUUGAUUACGGAGAAAUGCACCCGUACUUUGGAAAAAAGAGAUAUAUCACAUAACAGCUUUUCAGUUUAUUGUUGUAAAGAACUUGGAGACAAAGAGUUAGCAGAUUUUAGCUGUAAUUGUAAUAAAAAUAAUUUUCAGAAAAUUGAAUCUAGUGAAGAAGUAUUCAAAUCUACUUCGAGCCUUCAGGAAAGCCAAGAAAGUACAUUUAGCUAUUCUAUUAGAGAACCUGAGAUAAAGGUCAAAACACUGAAAGAUACAGUAGUGACAAAGGAGGAUGCUUGUUCAUACAUUGAGGAAGGAUUAUCAGAUAUUUUAAUAAAUACUUUUAAUAAACAAAAGCUGGAAGAACUAGAAAAAACAAAUGAGUGCGUAUCAUAUACAUAUGACACUUAUUCUUGCAUUGAAAGCAAAUGGGAUGCAAGAACUCAUUCUGGUAGCAGAGAUGAUACUCUGAAUUCUUUAAAAUUGAAUGAAAAUGUUUUAAAUUGUAAGCAGAAAUCACAUGAAAAAAUCCAUUCUCUGAAAAGAUAUGAGACAGGAUAUGAAAUGGAUUUGCUACCAAGUGCAGAUAAAAUUUGUUCACUUGCUGAUAGUGAAUAUAAGCAGGAUAAUUUAGAUAAAGAAGAUCAAAACGAAUUCAGAAAAAUAGAAGUGUGUGUGCAAGAUACAAAUGAAAUUUUCUCUGUUAAAAGUGAAUGCAAAGAAAAAUUUAGUUUUAAUAAUAAUAACAGAUUUAGUUUAAGUGAUGAACAUGUUCCCGAUGUUUCGAAUACAUUUUAUGUUAUUUCUAAAAAGAAAGAAACCAAUAAACCUGAUUUGCCAAAUAAACGAAAAGAAAAAAAAUUACAAAAAUGCAUAGGAAAAGUAUCUUUAGGUGAAUUUUUGUUGAAAGAUGAAAAAAGCAGUUGCUCCAAAGAAGAAGAAAAUGAUGAUUUUUAUUGGCAUUGCAUGCAAAAUAAAUCUGAAUUGUAUGAUUUAUUACAAUUGGAAAGUACAUCUGAAUUUCCUUCACUCUCCGUACAAGAAAAUGUUUGGGCAGAUCCAAUAGAAGAUAUUUUACAAAAUUGUUCAAAAGAAGAGAGUGUAACAAGUAAUAAACCAUUUGACAAUUUACAUGACUUUUAUGAAUACUUAGAUGUAAAUAAAAAUGUAAGCACAGAAUGUUAUUCCGCAAACCAAGAAAAGCAACAGAAAGAAACAGCAGUAGUAAUAAUUGAGAAUAUACCCAUUGGAACUACUACAGAUGAUGUGGAAGCAUUAGUGCUAGGAUAUGGAGAAAUUGAAGAUCUCUCUCUGGAGCCACAUAAGACUUGCUUAAAGGCUGAAAUAAAGUAA